GGGAGUUUGGCUCCAAUAAUUUAUCUCCUAGUGCACGAGUCCCUCCCCUGGUUUCUCAUUGGCUGAGUACUACAGGGUUCACAUUCUUUCCCGGAGGUCGCCUAAGCCAGUUAUAUCUUUCCUUUACAUGUCUUAAUUUUAUUGGUAGGUUCAAAAACCUCAAACAGGUACAGCCAGGCCCUUAUCAAUUCCCCCACCCCCACCCCCACUCUCGGCCCCAGCAGCUUCCAGCACGUGGCCCUUUGUUAAUACCUUACUGUUAAAAUGUUUAAACAUCCUAGUGGGAGUAAAUCACAUUUAGGUUUUAUACUCUUUCCUAACAUCCACAACAUCUCUAUCAGGUUAUUCAUUUAAGGGGUGGGGCUAUGGUGAGAGAUGGAGGAUUUGGUGAGGGUCACGGAAGGCAGGACACAGAGAAGGGCGUCUGGGGCGAGGGAAGAGUUAUUUGGAGUAGGCUGGAAAGAGAGUGUGAAGGUGGAGAAAGGAUGGGGGGAGAGGAGAGCAAAGCGCAGAGGAAAGGAGGGCCACCAGCCGCGCUCGCAGCCCCCACCUGGUCCCCUCUGGGGACUGCGGGCGCCGCACAGGCCAGUCCAGGGCCGGCUGCCAGGUCCCGCCCUCCGGGGCCUCCGGUCCCGCCCUUCUCUGGAUUUAGUCCUGGGCUGGCCGCCCCGGCCGCUCAGUAGCCGCCGCUUCCGCCUUCGCCAGGUGAGGGUCAGAAAAGAGGGCCGCUGGGGCUGGCGGAGCAGCUGUCGCUUGGGGUGCCCACGCGGGUGCUGAGCUUGCCCGCUUCCCCUCCCCUGGUUCUUCCCCUGCGAGGCCGCUUUCCCUCCUGUCCCCCGUCCCUUGCUUUCCCAUUCCCACCUUGCCAGCGAUCUGGGGGCCCCUGGGUCCUGGGCUUUCUCCUCCCUCGUACCCACAAACUCCCAAUUCCUGGCCCUUUUCCGGGUUUCCAUCUGGGCCCAGCCUGGGAUCCUCCCUUCCUCCCGGCUUGCCUAAAGUGGAGGAGGGAGGGGUCCAGAUAUGAGUAAGGGAGAGUGUGUGCAGGCAGCCAGCACCCGAGCACCCAGAGCCUUGUUUAAUGAAGAUCGGUGGAGCUGCCUUAAAGCCACAUUGGACUGAGUGACCCCGGUGUGCCAUCAGGGCUCUAUCCAGAGCGGAGCUCAGACAUGCUCCCCGAGGCGGGCUCCCCGUGGCUGCUGCGGCUGCUCCGGGACACUCAGCUGGCCCAGUUUUACCGACCCAUCCUUGAGGAGCUUAAUGUUACUCUCCCAGAGCACUUCGACUUUGUAAGGCCUGAGGACCUGGAUGGCAUUGGCAUGGGCCGGCCUGCCCAGCGCAGACUGGCUGAAGCUUUGAAGAGGCACCGUUCCAGGCCGAAGUCUAAGAACUGGGUCUAUAGGAUCCUUGGGGGUUUUGUGCCUGAGCAGAAGGCGACCACCCCACCCUCCAACAGCCCUCUGUGCCUCCCUGAACCAGACAGGGAACUCAAAUGUCUGAUCCCAGAUGGUGCUGUGUGCAGAGGGGAGCUGCUGGGCUCUGGCUGCUUUGGUGUGGUGCACCGUGGGCUGUGGACACUGCCCAGCGGCAAGGGUGUCCCAGUGGCUGUCAAGUCCCUCCGGGUGGGUCCUGAAGGCCCCGUGGGCACAGAGCUGGGGGACUUCCUGCGAGAGGUGUCCGUCAUGAUGAACUUGGAGCACCCACACGUGCUGCGUCUGCACGGCCUGGUACUGGGCCAGCCUCUGCAGAUGGUGAUGGAGCUGGCGCCACUGGGCUCCCUGCAUGCGCGCCUGACGGCCCCGGCCCCGACAACCCCGUUGCCCGUGGCCCUGCUCUGCCUCUUCCUGCGGCAGUUGGCGGCGGCCAUGGCGUACCUGGGGGCCCGCGGGCUGGUGCACCGAGACCUCGCUACCCGCAACCUGCUGCUGGCUUCACCCCGCACGAUCAAGGUGGCGGACUUCGGGCUGGUGCGGCCGCUGGGUGGCGCCCGAGGCCGCUACGUCAUGGGCGGGCCGCGCCCCAUCCCCUUUGCCUGGUGUGCUCCAGAGAGCCUGCGCCAGGGCGCCUUCUCUUCUGCCUCGGACGUGUGGAUGUUUGGGGUGACGCUGUGGGAGAUGUUCUCCAGGGGCGAGGAACCCUGGGCCGGGGUUCCACCGUACCUCAUCCUGCAGCGUCUGGAGAAGGACGGAGCCCGGCUGCCUAGGCCUCCGCUCUGCUCCAGGGCUCUCUAUGCCCUUGCUUUGCGCUGCUGGGCCCCCCAUCCUGCUGACCGGCCUAGCUUUUCCUACCUGGAGGGGCUGCUCCAAGAGGCCUGGCCUCCUGAGGGACGUUGUUUGAGGGAUGUCUCGGAGCCAGGUGCUCUGAGGAUGGAGCCUGGUGACCCCAUCACGAUCAUCGAGGGCAGCCCCAGUGCCACAACCUGGAAGGGCCAGAAUGGUCGCACAUUCAAAGUGGGCAGCUUCCCAGCCUCAGCAGUGACACUGGCAGACUUGGGAGGUUUACCAGCCACCCGUCCAGUCCACAGAGGGCCCCCUGCCCAGGGAGAGCAACAACAGGGAAGCAUAGAUGGGGACAGAGCAAAGGCAACUCUCCGGGAUCUACCUUCAGCACAGGGCCAGAGAAAGAACGUGCCCUUGCAGAGGAUGAAAGGCAUUUCCAAGAGUCUGGAAUCCAUUCUGUCCCUGGGCCCACGCCCCACAGGGGGUGGUUCAAGCCCCCCUGAACUUCGACAUGCCAGAGUUGUGCCCCAGGGAACCCCAGGCCUGCCACCCCGCCCUUCCUUUGCCUCCAGCUCUUCUCAGCCCAGCCAACCUCCCAGGGAGCGACCCCCAUGGCCCAAAAGAGAACCCUCCCACAAUUACCCCCUGGGAGCACCUGGAGCCAGCAAACUCACUGUCCUCCCUGGAGGCCUUUUGCCUGACCCUGAAUUGCAGAGGAGGAUUAUGGAGGUGAGGUAUCUCUGCAGUAGCCUGGUGUCCAGUGGGGGCUACAGGCUGGGGAAGUGGCUUAAGCAAGGCUUUGUUUCCACAGGUGGAACUAAGCGUGCAUGGGGUCACCCACCAGGAGUGCCAGGCAGCACUAAAGGCCACUGGGGGAGAUGUGGUUUGUGCCAUCCGGAACCUCAAGGUAAAGCAAGGCCCUUCUCUCGGGUUCCUGCCUCCCCUGCCCUUGCCCUUUGGCUGUCAGCUGCCUGCCUUCCUGCCUCCACAGGUCGACCAGCUCUUCCACCUGAGUAGCCGGUCCAGAGUGGACUGUAGGCGCAUCCUGGAGCAUUACCAAUGGGACCUCUCAGCUGCCAGUCGCUAUGUCCUGACCCGGCCCUGAGCUCUUCUACCUUGGGCAUGGACCAAGGGCCUGGCCAUGCGGGACCAAGCAGAACCAGAACAUGUUCCUAUUGGGGCAUACUUUUCCAACUGGGGAGAUCCUGCUGUAGGCAUGGCCAGGGGGAGCCCAGGAUCAGUGUCUCCUCUUACCCUGCCUCUUGUCCUCUCUUGGCUGGGCCAUAGAAAUACUAGUUCACUCUGCCACCACAUUCCCAACCAAGAGGAGGACUAGGAGGAACAUAGCUGCUACACAUUGUACCCACAGAAAGCUUCUGCUUAUGACAGAGGAUCAUCAUGUGGCCAUACUCCAUGGGAGCAGCCAUCUUAGAUGAUGGAAUUAGCCCUGGCAACUUGGGGCAUGUGGCCCAAGCUGCCUUGGCUUGGCCCAGGGCUGCCAUGGGCAAUGAAAGAUGCUCUCUUGGACUCAAGGACAUUUGAUCCUGGCAGCAUGGAUUAUGAGAUGGGCCAGCCCCUGCCCAGUCCAGCUGUCAUAUUUCCCUUUGUUUCUUCCCACACCAACUUCCUUCUACCCUCUCCCAUCACAUACAUCUUCUAAUGUCCAAAAAAUUACAAAGUUUAUAUGAAUAUAACAUACAAA